AUGACCGACACUCCGAGGUCUGAGCACUACCCGACGAGGUUCAGCACCCCGGUGUCUGACCUUGACGACCACCGCCACCAGCAGGAAUCGAUGCCCCGCGUGGAGAAUACCAGCCCCUCGCGCUCCCGUCGUGGCACUGUCACGAGCAUUGUCGCCCCCAGACCCGCGCGGCCAGACCUCCUUUCCGUGAACGACGCCUUGGAGCGCGAGGGUAUGAUAGCGAGGGACUUUGAGAGUGCGAUUGUGGAUGACGAUAAGAGCCCCAGCGACACUGGAGGAGACAACAAUGGUUUCUUUGGGCGCCGCGGCUCUGUGAGCCCAAUGGCGAGGAGGGACACUUUCCGUCGGCCUAGAGAUGUGCAGCUGGAUGCCCGUCCGAGAUCUCGCACUUCUACCAAGUCCUCCGGCUCUGUGUCGCCACCGAACUCUGUAGACGCCUUUGCCGAUCCGCGGCGUCGAGACCGCGCGGGGACUAUCAACAGCCAGCGUCCGCCGUCGGAGGUUGACCUGCGCCUGCAGCGCACUGUUUCCCAGGCUACCGGCCGGCGCCGCCCAACAUUCAGCGAAGAAAGCCGCCACGGCGGCACUGUCAACAACGAGACCGCAUCGCGCCGCAGCUCUGUGGAGGAAGAUGUGUGCUUUCCAGUUGAGGAGAGUAGCAACACGUACCGGAUUGAUUUCGAGGAGCUUGAAGAGUUUGUUGCCACAAACCAGACCAGGACCCCUGUAAUUCCACUGUCACGCAAGCAAAGCAAGGUGAGCGUGAAUUCGCAACGCUCGAAGCAGAAGGUUUUUCAUGAUCUUCGCCGCGGGCCGUCCAUCCAAGAAGUUCCCAAGGCCUCUGGGGAUGGGUUCGAGCACUUUCCCCGGCCUGCAGACAGUGGCACAGAUCUGGAGGAUGAGAAGGUUGACGUACAUAUCGAGAACCCGGGCCACCUCACUGUUCAGCACGAGCAGCAUGUCAAUAGGUGGGCUUUCUUCUCCUCGGAGCUGGACGAUACUAUCCAUGCGGCGGACCUUGGAGGACUUCUCAUGCCUGGAGAGAGAUUCCGCGAUCUCUUCGAACUCCCCCCGGAUUCUGGUACAUGGUGGCUUGACAUGUUGAGCCCGACUGAGGAAGAAGUCUUCGCAAUCUGCAAGGCCUUUGGAGUGCAUCCUCUCACGCGUGAGGAUAUUCUCACUCAAGAGGCACGCGAGAAAGUGGAGCUUUUCCGCGCGUACUACUUUGUCUGUUUCCGUUCAUUUUACCAAAUGGACAAGGCGAGCGAGGACUUCAUGGAGCCUGUCAACGUUUAUGCCAUUGUCUUCCGCGAGGGUCUGCUGACCUUUACCUUUGCGCCAAACCCGCACGCUGCCAAUGUCCGGAAGAGAAUUGGUCGUCUCAAGGACUACAUCUCCCUCAGCUCUGAUUGGAUCUGCUACGCUUUGAUCGACGAGAUUGUUGAUAGCUUUGGUCCUGUCAUUCGCGACAUUGAACAUGAGACCGACGCUAUCGAGGAUCAAGUGUUCACUGCACGCGCCGAGGAUUCGCGCCAAAUCCUGCGCGCCAUUGGUGAAUGCCGCAAGAAGGUCAUGUCGAUGAUGCGACUUCUUGGUGGCAAGGCCGAUGUCAUCAAGGGUUUUGCCAAACGUUGCAAUGAACAAUACAGCAUUGCGCCUCGCGGCGACGUUGGGCUCUACCUCAGCGAUAUCCAGGAUCACGUCGUCACCAUGAUGAGCAACCUGUCCCACUUCGAGAAGAUGCUCUCGCGUAGCCAUUCCAACUAUCUGGCACAGAUUUCGGUCGACAGUCUGAGUCAGGGCAACGCCGUUAACGAGAUGCUUGGCAAGAUUACCGUCAUCGCCACCAUCCUUGUCCCCCUCAAUUUGAUCUGCGGUCUCUUCGGCAUGAACGUUCCGGUUCCCGGCGUUAACAGCUCCAGCUUGGGGUGGUUCUUUGGUAUUCUUGGGGUCAUGUGCGCGUUCGUUGUGACUUGCCUAGUGGUCGCACGGAAGAUGCGCUAUGUCUAA